UUUGACAUUUGCGGUUCCCAGUCUAGCGUGCGGCAAACCAACCUCACAGCGUGCCUGAGAGAGCUUCAAUUCCAAUUGACAUUGAGCUCCCCAAAGGCCACCAGCACAGCGACAACGAGCCAUUGGCGGCCGACACAGCAAUCAACGGGCACAGAACCGAGCCCAUAAAAUUCCAGCAGAAUUGGAUCGAACAUAAUAUCACCGCCGUCGCAAUAGACGAGCACCGCAAAAAACCCAUACAACAUCGCGACCCGACCGACGCGGUCAUCGCCGACGCCAUGUCUUCCUCCACCAGCAAAGCUGCGCUCUCGCUCUACCGCCGGUCCCUGAAGCUGUCUCUGGACUGGGCAGUCCACCGUCACCUGUGGCGGGGCCAGGCGCUCUACAUCCGGUCUCUCUUUGAAGCUAACAAGAACCUGACCGAGCCCAAGCAAAUACGAGCACUGCUCAGGGAGACGGAGAAGCUCCUCGAGACGUGGAAGCACCCCGACCCCUACUGCCACCCUACGGCCCCAGGAGGCUCCAAAUAUGAGAGGAACCUUGCUCCCCCAAGGGUUGACCCUCCCCCGCCAUUGAAGUUUUAAGUUGUGUGUUGAUAUAACUGGUACAAGGGGUUGCAAACAUGGAAAUGUGUAAAUAGGCCUCGGUGAUCAAAUAGAAGUCAAG